UAGCUCCGCUCACUUGCUAGAACGCUAGGCGGUAGCAUAGCUAACCUCAUUCUGCGAUUCAACCUCGAGACAAGUCGGGACAAGACCAGUCUCAGGGCUCACCAUACUCAAUGAGCGGACAGCGCAAUGUCAGAGCGCUCUGGGCAAACUGCAAAGGGGAAGGAAGGCAAAACCAAGUAUGCGUCUCUCAACCUGUUUGAUACAUACAAAGGAAAGAGCCUUGAAACACAAAAGCCUGUUGUUCCCCCCCGCCAUGGCCUGCAGUCUCUUGGUAAAGUUGCCUCCGCACGGCGUAUGCCACCCCCUGCCAACCUGCCCAGUCUGAAGGCAGAGAACAAAGGCAACGAUCCCAACGUCACGCUCGUUCCCAAAGACGGCACAGGAUGGGCAAGCAAACAGGAACAAGCAGACCCAAAGAGUACCGAUGCAUCGUCGGCACCGCAGCCGGAAUCGCAGCAGCCUGUGGCUUCACAGAUACCUGCACCGACCCGCCCGAGAACCCCGCCAGCUUCAGAGCCUCUGGCCCCAGCUUCAACCCAGGCCGUAGGGGCAAGGUCCUGGGCACAGGCCAGUGUUACACAUGGAACACAAGGGGAUGGUGGAAAGGGAUCAAACCUACCGUCGCCAUUCUCUCGCGAGGAAUUUCCCACCCUGCAGGCGGCUGGCGACCAGGACAAAGCUGGCAGAGAACAGGGCACUGCAGAUCAGUGGUAUGGGCCCGGACCAAGCCUCCGCCCCCAGAACGUCACAAGUUGGCGGGACGGUGGGGGCCGAGGGCUGGCACCCACCCUGGCUGGGGAGGGGGCAGCAGAGGGUGGCGUUGGUGGAGCUCUGGUAAUGGAUGGGGCAGCCGGGGUCCCUCCUCCAAACUCCCAGGUUCACGGGCCACCUAGGAACCCUCCUGCAGGCAGCCCUGCCUUGCCUCUUCCCCAGCCUCCUGUGGGGCCUGGAUUCCCCCAGUAUCGAGGGAUCAUGCCUCCAUUCAUGUAUCCUCCUUAUCUGCCCUUCCCAGCCCCUUAUGGCCCUCAGGGGCCCUACAGGUACCCGCCACCUGGGGAAGGGCCAGCUCCAAGAUUCUCCCGUGGGCAAGGUGGUCCUGACAGCAGGCCACAGGGCGGUCCACGUGAUGCUGGUGGCGAAGUGGUGAAGCGACCUUCUAUCCUGAAGCAGGAUGACCUGAAGGAGCUCGAUGAGCUGGACCACGAUGGAGACGAGGGCUGGGCAGGGGCUCAUGAGGAGAUUGAUUACUCUGCCAAGUUGAAGUUCAGCGAUGAUGAAGGAGAUGAAGAGGGAGAAGAAGAGGGAACCGAGAGCACGAAUGACUCGCGUGAGCAACAGAGGUCCCAGGAUGCACCUCCAUCCACCUCUGGCUCUCGGGCCGCAGAUAGCGGCGGAGACACCCGCCGGACCCCUCCCUCCAAUGCUGACAAUGGCCCCCAACCCCCCUCCAGCAAGCCAGGAUGGGCCGAGGAGGGAGGCAGUGGCUGGGCUGGGCAGGGACCACCGCCCAACUUCCAGGGGCGCAGGCCUGGAUUGGGUGGUCACCGGGAGCAGCCCUCCCCCCCACCUGGGCCGCUCCUCGGACAAGGGCCCUACUCCUUUUACCGACAGGACCGACCCCACAACCAAGGUGCCCCCCUUGGGCCAGGGAAGUCUGCCCCUGUCCAGCACCAAGCAGCAGCAGGAGGCCCUACACCUCCCACCCAGCCCGGACUGCUGGUCCACGGUGCCCAGGGAGAUGAUGAGGAUGAAACAUGGCGUCAGCGCAGGAAGCAGUCGUCUUCUGAGAUCUCUGCCGCUGUGGAACGAGCCCGUCGCCGCCGUGAAGAGGAGGAACGCAGGAUGGAAGAGGAGAGGCGUGCAGCCUGUGCUGAGAAGCUGAAGAGGCUUGAUGAGAAGCAGCAACAGCAGCAGCAAGGCAGCAACACAGUCGCGGGUGGCAGCAGUAAAACCCCCAGCCUUGAUGGAAACUCGACUGCUGCUACGGCCGGCAGCCCUAGUCCAUCUGUUUCAGCCUCGUCCCCAAAUAUCAGCCAGCCCUCGUCACCCUGUGUUGAUCCAGAGGAGCCGCCAGUGCUGGCUGCUCAGCCGACGUCCGGUCCUGGAGCGGGAGAACGUCAGCGAGCCAGCAGCAACAGCAGCUAUGACUCUAGUGCAGAGGCUCAGCAGUGUCCGCAGCCUGCUGUUUCACAGCCACAGCAGCCCACACACGAAGUACCGUUACAAGGAGAGAGCAAGGAAGAGACUAGUGGCAGUGCCCACACCCGGGGUGGUAGUGGAAGUGACAGAGGAGUCGACCCGGUGAAGAUCGAGAAUAUCGGAGGGGGAGCAAGUCGUCCAGCCGGAGGUCCUUCUGGUCAGGGAUACUCAAAGUACCAAAAGUCACUUCCCCCUCGAUUUCAGCGGCAGCAACAGGAGCAACUCCUGAAGCAGCAGCAGCAGUGGCAGCAGCAGCACAGCCAGGCAUCACAAAGCCAGCUGUCUCCCCAGCCCCAGGCACCUCAGGGUCCCUCACCAGGUUCAACGCCACAGCCGGGACCAGGACCUAAGCAGGGCGGACCCCUGUAUCAGCCUGGCAGCAUGGUGCGACCUCCACCACUGCCAAUGAAUUUUGACCCUCGCUGGAUGAUGAUGCCCUACAUGGACCCUCGCAUGAUGCAGGGUCGCCCUCCUCCAAUGGACUACUACUCAGCUGGCAUGCAUCCAUCAGGGCUGAUGGGGCGUGAGCGAUCUGAUUCUGGGGGCUCUGGUUCAGAGCCCUUUGACAGACAGCAGCAACAUCCAGGGCAUCCCCAUCGCGGGACUCCUCCUAUGGAUCCAAAGCUGGCCUGGGGGUCGGAAGUGUUCCCUGGCGGCGGGGAGAACCGUGGGCUAACAUCCCCUCUGAGGCAGAAGCAGGCAAUGGAGGAUGACGAGGUGGCCAAAGGGCCCAGGAGUGACACUCCUCCACAUCGCAUGCGAGAAGGUGGAUUAGGACCCAUCCAGCAGCCUAGCUCCACAUCUGGGACAUCCAAUCAAACCCCUCCUCCUGUCGCAAGUCAAGUUGGCACCCAAGGUGGCAGCCACCACCCUCAUCACUACAUUAGUGGACGUGGCAACUACAGCAACUUCCCUGACCAGGGUGGAAGGAUGCCGCCACACCAACACCAGCAGAGGGCGGGUGACAGGGGGAACCAGCCUCAUGGCUUCACCCACCAAGAUGAAGGGCCACAACGAAGUUCUCAGCAAGGCCAGAUAUGGGGAGCCCCACAUCCACAUUAUGACCGUAAUGGUCGAGCAGACCUCCCCCCUGCUGAGAGCAACUCUCAUCACCACCACCACCACGCUCAGCAACCUCACUUCUCUCAUCACACACAUAAGGCAGAGAGUAACCGGGACAGGGCCGGUGAGGCCCCCUCGAAGAAAACUGAGUCUACUCCCCCUCUUCAUCAGCCUUCCCUCUCCUCAUCCUGCUCUUCUUCUUCCUCAUCUUCUUCUGCUCGGGAGGAUGGCACUGUCAAAGGGGCCCUGCAUCAUCACCCACCACAGAGAGAGAGUGAGACUGGCAAUGCGCACGGUCAUGGUGAAAGAGGCAACAGCAGCAGUGCUGGCGGUAGCAGUCAUGGGAAGCAGGAAAAGACCGGCUCGGCGUUUGCCCCCCAUUCCUCCGUUACUGCUAGCCCACCUCCCUCUCAGCACGGCAGUCAUAAUCAGCCACCGCAUCAGCAGCAUCCCCAUCCCAGAUCAAACCAAAGAGGAGGGCGAGAGCACAAGACGGAGACCCAGUGGGGCCCAAGGCCUGGCAGCAACAUGGGCGGGGGAUCCUCUCAUGGCAGGAGGGCCAACAAUACAGGAGGCGGGAACAACUCACGUGGAGGAGAGGACUCCUCAAACACUCCAUCAGAUCACAAGUCCUCCAACCAGACAGGAGGCGGUAACACCAACAAGAGAGCAGGUCCAAUUAAGAAACCAGUCUUGAAGGAAUUGAAGAAAGAGGGAGAUGCUGAUGGAGGAGACAAGACAAGCUUUGGAAAAGAUAAAGAUCAAGAUGGUAGUAACCAAGCAACUUCCAUGAAGCAAGAGGCCUCGUCUGUUGCCCAGAAUGCAUCAGCUCCGUCUAAAGAUGACCAGGGCCAAACAGGCAAACCCAGGAAUGGUGGGAAAGAGCGAUCUUCAGGUGGAGGUAGAGCACCCAAAGAUGUGGAUGCUCCAUCAGGAUUCACAGGGUCCUCCUCAAGGAGGGACAGAGACCGUUCCUUUGAAAGAGGAGGCGGUGCCCUGCAUCACCACGGAGUGCCCCCCAAAGGCGGCAGAGCCAGUCGAGGACGGGGCGGAGAGUUUUAUGGCCGUGGCCGUGGUUACCGGGGUACCUACACAGCAAGUACAGGACCCGCUGGUGGCAGCCGGGGUAGAAUGGGAGGCAGGAGUGGAAGAGACUACCGCUCGGCUGUUGGUAGCAGUCAUGUCCAGGAAUCCAAAGGCGAGGGAGCUGGUGGCAGACAUGGUCAGGAUCGGUCUCAGCACAACCCUGCCAGGGCCAGAAAUCGCAGUGAAACUCGCAGCGAGGGUUCUGAGUAUGAAGAAAUUCCUAAACGGAGAAGGGAGAGGGGAUCCGAGACCGGCAGUGAGAGUGCUGCGAGUGACCUGGGCCACUCAGACAAAGAAGAAGGCCAGAAACCCAACACAAAAAAUGGCUCGGAUAAUGCCAACGCCGCAGGCAGUGGAAACAGCUCAUCUGUACCACCCAGGGGUUCCCAGGCCCGUGUCUUCACACCCAGGGGCGUGCCCUCAAGAAGGGGCAGAGGUGGUGGAGGUGGUGGGGGAAAUAUUUACAGGGGUAGUGGCAAUAUGGCAGGAACUGCUGGGGGACACAGAGUUGGACCCAACUCAGCCCCGCAUGGGGGUUCCUCCAAAUCAUCAACUUCAAACCGCAAACAGCAAGGUCCGCCACAAACCUCUGGACCGAAAGACUUUGGAAGGGGAGGAAACGCAACAGAAAAGAAGGACAAGGCUGCAGACGGAAAUCCAACCCAGAAUCCAGGGGCCAACCCCCCUCAGCCAUCUUUGCCUGCCACAACUCCUGUGACUCUGAGUUCCACUGAAAAUGGAGGAGUAGUACCUCAACAAGCUUCAACCAAUCCUGCAUCAAACUCUGCAGGGCAGAAUGCGCUCCCUCUCCCCAACAACCGCGGGUUCCCCCCCGCUGGGUUUGAGCGACCCCCAAGACGGCGCCGUCACGGCCGUUCCCAGCAUCAGCAGGACAAACCGCCCCGCUUCCGUAGACUGAAGGAGCGAGAGAACGCUGCUCGUAUCAACGGAGGAGUGGGUGUCAUAGGAGGAGGAAGGUCCUCGUCUCCAUCCAUGAAUUCAGUCCAGGACAGUAACGGAGCCCCCGUCCCUGCUCCAGUGACAGCGAAUGCCCAAAAUAACAACCACAACGCCACACUAACUACCAACAAUAACAGCAGCGGUGGGCAUCUCAGCAAUUCAAACCACCACCAUCAUCACUACAACCAGGGAAACAGUGGUCCAGCCCACCCCCAGCACCCCCACAGCCACGGGGCAAAGUCUCCUGACUUCACCAACCAGAACUCUGACCAGGCCAACGAGGAGUGGGAGACCGCCUCCGAGAGCAGCGACUUCACGGAGUUCAGAGAUCGGGAGGGAGGAGGAGGGGGGAAAUCCUACCCUUCUCACCACCACCACCACAUUGGAAGGGGAGGAGGCGGCGGCGGAGGUAUGGUGGAGCGCGAGAUGACGGGCAAGGAGCCCGCUGCUAACAAGAGAAGCUUCUCCAGUCAGCGUCCUGGGAUGGAGCGACAGAACCGGAGGGUCGGCGCUGGAGGCGGCGGCGGCGGGGGCAGAGGUCCCCGCGGCCCACCGGGCGGCGGCGGCUCUGGUGGUCCUGGCAACGGAGGUGGCAACCGCGGGGAGAAAAGAGGCAACUGGCCCUCACCUAAAAAUAGGAAGUGAUGGGAUAGAGAACAUUUCAGAUGAAGCCCACCCACAUCCCAUCCCAGUCCCCUUCAAUCGAAAAUUCAUGGCUUGUCCGUUGGCACCCCUCAGCCCAUUAGUGCUUUGUACAGUAUACAGAGAUGGUUUUCACAUUCACCGCCCUCACCCUCCUCUAUCCUCCUCUGUCACCCUCACAUCUACCGUCCGUUAGUGUGUGUUUCUCCAUUCGGUCCGUCUGGUUCUCUGUUUAUUUCUCUCUUCCCCCCUCCUCCCCCAUCCUUUCUUUUUUUAAUUAAUUCCCGAAUCUCCCCCCUGUUGGAUAUGAAAAGCAUGUGGUUAUGCAGUGGAGGUGCACGUCGUCACGACAGAAGACAUUCACACGGAGCUUUCUACACAUACUUGCAUAUACAAGCACAAAUAUGACACCCUCAGAAACAUGUGCAGUCAUGUGUGUGCAGACAAAUUUAAAAAAAGAAAAAAAAAAAAGUGGGUUUAAAUUGGCAGAACUGUUUGAACCGGGCUAACUUUUAUAUGUAUGUACCUGUGUAUAUUUCUACCACACUGUUGGCCUUGGGUGGUAUUCAGUAGUGCAGUCCUGCAUUACUUCCCUCACGCAGGGAACAAGUGCAGCUUCAUCUUUUAACAAGAACAAUGUACCAGAAAUGUUUUGUUUGUCUUGUUGGUUUUUUUUUCUGUUCUGUUUGGCCUUGUGUCAGUUGUGUUUAAGCCUCUGAGAAAUAUUAGGGGUGUGUGUGUGUGUUUUCUCCUACCAAGCAGGUCAUUAAAAAUAUCUUUUUACUCAAUUUCCCAAUUCCUCUUUUCGCUGGCUUUUUGGUCUCUGACAGUUUGUCUGAAUACUGUGAUUAGACCCAGUGAAGUACUACUGUUCAGCACUCAUUCACAUUGAUUCAUCCUUAAUAUCCAUGUUUCUGCUGCUCGUUCACAUACACACUGUGGAUUCCCCCCCCCCCCCCGACUCGCUGACCUGCUGUGAUUCUCCGUAGCAGCCUCCCCCCUGCACAGUUUCUGCACACAGCAGAAAUGGAAGCAUCAGUCGUUUCUCCCUCAUGAGUUUUGUUUACCCGAUAAUGGUCUCCAUAGCUUUGUGGAUUGAUUUUUACCUUCCAUUGUUUUUCUUUUUUGUGGAGACACUUCCCCCCCCCCCCCCUUGAUUUCCUCCCUCGAGGUGAAAGUCCAGUGGAUGUUGCCAGUGGAAUAAUGAGAUCCAUGGAAAUGUAGUUCAUGGUAGCCUAAAGAAAAGGUUUCAUGAAAUAGUUUAUGCAUUUUAGUUUAAAUAAGCACUCCCUAUAGCAGAGAACAUCCUCGCUUGCCGUUUUUUUGUUUUACCUCUUGUUUUGAUCUUGUUUUUGUGUGUGUGUGUGCGGGGGGGGUUGAGUUACAUGUAAUGCAACAGGACAGGUACUCUGUCUGGGCCCAGAGUACCACCUAACCACCCCACCCCACCACACCCACCACCGCUCUGUGGCACGAUGCACUCUGUGCUCCUGUGGAGACUCCUCACUCCACCAAGGACUCCUUAUCUGAGGAAGUUUUUGUUUUUGUUUUUUUCCCCCAGUGUGUGUGCUCGGGACGACUGUUUAAGCCCAGAAACAAAUCAAAAUCCAGGAUUUUCCCGCAGUUCACCACACGGUUUUCCAAGAUUUUACUUGCGACAAAUAAAUGCCGACCUGGAGCGAGUGAGGGAAUGCUGGGUCGAUGUAGGAUUUACUGGUGCGAGCGUAGUUUGUGUCACACACAAAGAGACAUGGAGACGACAUCCGAUUCUGUCAUCUGCAUUUGUUCUGUCACUGCUGUAAGUUGGGGUUUGUUUGUUUACUGACAACAGUUUGAAGAUCGUGUCUGGGAUGUUGUAGGGCAUUUGAGGAUGUGUGUGUGCGCGUGUAUGUGUGUGUGUUUUUGUUUUGUUUUGUUUUUUUUCUGGUGUCUGUGUAAUAACGGGGAACGGGUGGGGACCAGAGGGUUAACGUGGAUGGCAAGCUAUGUCUGCCUUGUUUGCCCACAUGUUAUUUAACCAAUAUUAAGACAAUUCUACUGUUUCUUAAAUACAUCCACAUAUAUACAUCCAGCUGUGUGUAUAUGUUCAUCAUCCAAAUGAAGAACCUGCAGUGGAGAGCUCCACCACUUGUUUUGUAUAAUUUAAGCGUACAUUCUUCAGCAGGCAAGUGAAGUUGGGACAUAUUUUAUUUUUCACUAUGACUUCUCUAAGCAUGAACACGCCCAUGGGUGCAGCUUGCCUUGCCUGUUACUGGUUUAUACAUUGAUAGCUGUACACUUAACACUGGCUCGAAGAGUCCUCCAUCCCUCCUUAACUCUUAACGUUGAUGUGCGCAUUAUUGUAUGUACCCAUGUUAAAAAGAAAAAAGUAGUGUAUUCCAGUUUAAAAAAAAAAAAAAGAAGUACUCAAAGAUUGUAUUGUUUCCAGCAUUACAGAGGUACCACGAGUGGUUCAAGC